UAUUGCCCGAGUAUAGUAGAGUUAUUUCAUAUCUUGUUUUAAUCAUCGGUGAGUGGUCCGCAACUUGUUCGUAUUCCCCAAGAUUCAACAUUUUCAACUUCAGCCAUGGCAAACCCAAGAUACGACGCAGCUUUUGCCCUGUUUGACGCAGACAAAGACGGCAAGGUUUCAAAGAGUGAGUUUGGAGCGGCUCUGAAGAAGCUUGGUCGAGAUCCAACUGAACUUCAACUGACUGAACUAAUGAAGAAAGUCGACAAAGAUGCAAAUGGUUUCAUUGAUAAGAAUGAGUUUUAUCAAAUGAUGGAAGCUCAGAAAGGCAAGGAAAAGCAGAAUGUGCAAGAAGCGUUCAAAAAGUUCGACAGAGAUGGCAAUGGCUACAUAAGUAAAGCCGAGCUGAAGGAAACGAUGAAGGGACUUGGAGUGACUCUAACCGAUGCUGAUGUAGUAGAUAUAAUCAAGAACGUUGACGUCGACCAUGAUGGCAGAAUCAGCUUUGCUGAAUUCGAGAAAAUGAUGGAUAGUAUGUAAGCCGAAUAUCCAUCGGCGAUAGAUCAACAUCGACUUCACGUGGUGACUGGUGGCGGAGAUGGUGUUUUUCUCAUUCUAGAAAGCCGAGUAUAACUAUUGGUGGUGGAGCAUUUAUCGAAUAGUGGAUUAGUUAAUAUUCAGUGAGAAAGGAGUCCGUGAAGACAAAAAGGAAAACGUGAUAAUAAUCACUAAAUCGGCAUAACUUUAGAAAAGCAGUUAUAACAGUACAACGAGAAUUGGGAAUAAGAAACUCACAUUCAAGUUGUGUACUUUUUUAUAUUUAACAAAAUACACCUUUUGUCAUUUCCAAGAAUUACACAUUAUAAUUGACUUUAAUGUCAACAUUAAAACAUCUUAGAUUGUGUGUACAAAUUCCGGUUUCUUCUUGUAAUGUCGGUUUAUUAGAACUGCAUAAUUAAUGUUCAUGUCAUUGAGUGCACUUAGGCCCACAGAAGUUUCUGUAAACUGGCACUUCAACGUAGAGGCCGCCCUUUUUGUAAACACCGAGCCGGGCUUCUUAGAUGAAGUUUAAACAGUGGUGGAUUUAAAACGAAUUCAUUUAAUUGUAAUGUGCAAUUCAACAUGUCACUAGACCCCAAAUUGAGUGCAAUGACUGACUAUUAUAAUGUCAUGAAAAUAAAACGAAUUGAUACAAACUACAUUCGGCAUGCUUUUUAAGCUUCAACCAGAGUAUGUUUGAUUGAUUAAGUAUGGUCGUAGGUAUACUACACCUGAUUACCAACUCUUUUACCAGCUACUUAGGCCUAAUGCAUAAUAUGUUGAAGGCAGUUGUUGUCGAUAGUGCUGCCAAGAGCCAAAUAUUAUUAGAUGGACACAGUCGUAUAAUAAUAUUAUCAACUUUGUCAGCUCUAUGGGUGUCUAAUUGUUGCUCGACUUUAAUGACUGCGUUUAUCAGUUUUUGUAUUUUUGCAGACUAGAGAUAUAAGUAAGGAUUUAACACUCACCUUGUUUGUACUAAUUAUUAUUUUUCUUCAGGUUGAUUUAUUGAUUAAACUUCAAUUUUACGUCAGUGUAAACA